UAUAUCCUCUUUAUUCUGGGGAAAAAAAAGGCUAUAAACCACAGUAGGAGAGCCCAAAAGAAUCUAUGACAUUUAAACCCUCCAAGCCCAACAGGCAAAAUACACAAACGAAUCAACUAGACCCAUUUCAUAAUUCUGCUAACCUCUCUAUCUCAGACGGGCACGGAAGACGAAAUCCCAAACUUAUAAAAUACAACUUCCCCUUGUCGCAAUUCAAUUCAAUCAAACUCCCUGCUCAGUUCCCAGUAUAUUGCAGGUUUUGAAGGGCAUUGAAUUGGAUUGGCUGUUUGUUACAGAUGGCAUUAAGGCGCUUAUGUGGGUUCUCAGAUGGGGAGUUGAUGAGGUCAGAUUGUAAGCCUUGCUCUAGAUUGAUGAGGCAAACAGCUGGAAUUUUUAGUGUUGGAGGAGCAUUUGGUUUCUGGAUUCUCUGUAGGUUGCAUUAUGGUCCAAGAAUUACAAAUCCUAGGAGUCUUCGGUGGGCUGCUUGUGGAGCUAUUGCUUGGAGUUCAACUUCUGCUCUGCUGGUCCGCCUUUUUAGCCCUGAAUGUGAACCCCAGAAUAUAGCUGCUUAUGACAAAGUAAAAUAGCAAUAGGUUACCCAUGAAGGUUGAAAUUAUGUUGUGGCAAAUUAGCUAUCCGCUGGUCUUUUAUAUAGAGACCAUAAAUUUUCUAGGUUGACCACCAGGACUGGAUUCUUGUAUUGCCUUAUUGUCCAGUAGUGUGAUUUUUAUCAAAUGACUGAUUUGAGUUUUGAGUCAGCUCCUUCUGAGAGGCUGGAGUCGGCAGAGACUGUACUUUAGAAUGGAUUCAAGACAGAGCAGAGCCAUAACUCUUGUCAAUGCACGGAAAAGUAAGAUUGCAGUGAUUAUCCUCUAUUAAGCGUUGCCAUGGAUGUGUAUCUCCAGCCCAGUUGCUGUACUUGUCCCCUUAGUGGGAGCUAUACUUGUCUUGCUCUGGCAAGACAGGAGUCCCAUUGAUCAAAUUCCUUCUGAUUGUGAAUUACAUUCAGGGUUUGUGGCAUGAUUUGAGGAUAGGGGUGUUUGGUGCAGCGAAGGAAGUUUCUGUACUUGCUGGUUAAAUCAAUCAAUAAUGCCGGAGGAAACUCCAAAACCAUGCAUGGAACAACUGUUUUGUCCCUUGCAUACUAUUUGGGACCUAAAGCCAUGGAUGUUGAACUGUCUUGUUCACUCUAUACUUAAUUAAGAAUGGAGAAGAUCCAACUGUUCUUUAUAA